UUGACUCAUUACGAAACCAGGAAGCUAAGUAAAUUGCCUCCAAUAAUCCAUUCCAUAAAUACCCCCUCCCUCUCUUCCGUUUCUUCACUGUACAAAACAAUCUCUCUUUUCCAAUGGCUUCUUCAACCUUCGUCUGCUUCACGCUUUUGGCUCUUUUGGCUACCUCAGCCAUCCCUCAGGCUCCUGCACACUGGCCACAUUCACCAGCCCCCGCUCCAACGCCCAAGGCUCCGGCUACUCCACCAACUCCUUCUCCAAAGGCCGCACCGCCUACCUUAACUCCUUCCCCAUGGUCUCCACCACCAAUGGCUCCAACUCAUUGUUCACAUGCUCCAGUUGCCAGGCCUCCCAGUUACUCUGGUGGUGCUCCCGAUGAAUCUCCUGCGCCUGCCCCAAGCACCGCGGCAUUGAAUCGAGUUGCUGUUGCUGGAUAUUUAGGCGGAGUCACCGCUAUGGUUGCUUUGUUUAUCUAGGUCUAUAGAUGACCAUGACGAUAUGCUGCUUUGUUUUAGAAUUUUUUCUUUUUGAACUCUUAUUUUGUUCAGUGGUUCUUUUAUUUUUUUGUUGAUGGUGAUGGACGGUUGAUAUGGAUGAUUGAUUGUUUGACGGUUGAUUAUUAUUUCUGGUUAUGAAACUUUUUCUGAUAUUAUUUUAUUCUA